AUGAAUGUGACCGAUAUGAUUGACUUUUCUACCACGAUGAUGCCUGAGGUGUCGACUGCGGCUCCUGAUAUCAGGACCUGGCUGACGGAUUUAAUAGUCCAGGUCGGCAAACGAGCAGACGGAUUACCUGCUGGUAAGCAAUCAGCGCCGCCCAUGGACAGUCGCAACGGAGGAGUUACGAGUGUGUUGCCGACCUUUAAGGGAUUAGGGAUUUGGAGAUUUAGGGAUUUAGGAGGGACUGGGGGAGGGGAAGGAUUGGGCCUCCGAUUACCUGAUGGUAAGCAAUCGGCGCAGCCCAUGGACACUCGUAAUUUCAAAGGACUUACUACUUCAACUAUGGCAGACCUUUUGAGGGUUACUAGGGGAUUCGGGGAUCGAAGAUGGGGAGGGUACGAUAGGGCCUCCGGUAACCUCACUCAAACGGCGAAACUCCACGCAGUUUCGCCGUUUGUAAAUGAAGAUGACGUAUACACUAAACACGCGAUCUUUCAGAUGACUUCCUGGCAGCGUGAGCCAAUUUUGCCAUGGAAACAGUACGAGUUUGGCAACCCACAUUUUAUGGUUACAGUAACAAAUAUGUAUACGUACUCGUUGAUAGUGCUUGAACUUCGGCUGCCUGACUCUAAUAAAAUAACCAAAGUAUUCAGUAAUUGA